AUGGCGAAUUACAUCCCUCGAUGCGAGGAACUCCGAUUUGCGGAUAGCGAAAUAUCAAGAGUCCAGGCGCUGGCCGUGCUUGAUUUAUUCUCGCGAUGUACCUUUCUCUCAACGCGAACCAAAUGUCAGAGGCCCCACUUCGCGAAGACGCGAUUCGACAGGCAACAAAUUGGGGUGGCGAUUAAGAUAAUAGACGUCGAGCAAGGCAAGAAGGAUUACGUGAUGAAGAACCUGACGAGGGAGGCGAAGGUCUUGUCAAUGCUGCAGCAUCCGAGCAUCGUCAGGCUCUACGAAACUAUUCGGUGCGGAUCUGUGUACUAUCUCGUGACGGAACUCGCGACCGGCGGCGACCUGUGCACACACAUUAAGGAGCAGCCGGCCGGUAAACUGGACGAGAACACGGCGAGGCUCUAUGCCAGACAGCUGGUCGCCGCGCUCAAGCACAUGCACUCGAAAGGAGUCGUUCACCGGGAUCUUAAAAUGGAGAACAUCGUAUUGCAGGACGAACGCAAGGAACAGAUCAAGAUAGUGGACUUUGGUCUCAGCAAUAUUUACACUAACGGCGAUCCUCUGCGAACGCACUGCGGAUCUCCAGAGUACGCUGCUCCUGAACUCUUUAUCGUAGGUAAACGAUAUGGGCCGGAAGUAGAUUUGUGGAGCCUAGGAGUCGUUUUAUAUGGCAUGACUAUCGGUCGACUUCCAUUCCUAUGCCCCCGCGACGAAUGGACGUCGUCUGAAGAACGUCGACGGAGGCUGAUGAUUCAAAUCAAUAGAGGCUUGACAUCGAUCCAGGAAAAAGCUAUGUACCAAACGUCGAUCGAAUGCAAGAACUUAAUAAACCGCUUGCUCAUUCCAUCGGCUCGCGAAAGAAUCACCAUUCGAGAGAUUCUUGAUCACCCUUGGAUACUCAUGACAUCGAAGAACAACUUUCAUUUUCGCUCUGAAGACGACAUGAACAUUUCCAAUCACGUCUCGAUAAUGAACGAGAUUGCGACGGCAAUGCGAACAACCACGGCUGCCGUCGAGGCUGAAAUAAUGAGACGAAAGUAUGGAGAAAUUGGCGGCAUGUAUAAUAUUAAAAAGCACAAAUUGUAUCAAGCCUCUACUGUUUAUCAUCUACCACCGCGACUUCUUCGAAAUUCUAUGUGUCAAACUGAAGACAUUUCAUCGUCAACUACAACUAUCAGAAUGGCGAAAAGUAAUUUACGAAAUGGUACAUCCGGAAACUCUGACAAUACCAAUCGCAUAAUCGUCAUGCGACGCAGCCAGGUGCAAGAUCGAUCAGUCAAGAAAUCCUUAUUACACGGUUCCACGACGUGGAACUGGCAAUGCCGCUCCGGAAACGAAAACCGUUCUUCCGAGGAACGGAGAAAUUACGUAAAAUUCGACUUCCUUUUGCCCCACAUCUCUGAUCCCAAUGAUUACGAUCAUGUCGAUCACCCGGGGUCCUUUAGUCAUGUUAAUUUCUCUUUUCAGAGGAUUCGUUACGAUACCACGAAUACCACGUCCUUAUCAUCUCAGCAGUGUCGUGUGCCGCAAAUUACAAAACAGGCUGAUAAGCUUUCGAAUCGACGAUCUUACAGAGACGAGACGAAAUCAAGAAGUGCUACAUCUAAUAGCAUUUCCAAAAAAAUGGAAAAAAAAGGUUGUGUCUCUAGGACUUGUAAAGUGGACUGCGAAAUAAUUCCUAGCCCUUCGAUUUUGCAAACUUAUUCGCGUGUUAGUAGCGAGAGCGUGCGAAUUAAAGAGAGUUUUCAUAAAAAGAUACUUGCCCCACCGUGGCGAUGUCGAAUCGGUAGUGCGAGAAUUAGAAAAGAUACAUAAAACUGUAAAAAGUGCCUUUGAA